ACCCAAGUAACCACAGGGUUAGGCGUCAGCACUGCCACAGCGGCUGCCAAGGUAGGUGCAGACUGGGAAGAGAAAGCAGGCUUGAACUGUGGCCGGGACCUUGGAGCUGGGAAACAGCCCACUGCAGAGGUGAGCGGGAGCUGCUCUGGAGGGGAGCUGUUUGCCAAGAUGAAGGGAGAAGCUGGAAAUAAGCUACAUGAUGAGAAGCCGAAGCAGGCCUCAGCAGUGAGCUGCGUGUGGAGGCAGGAGGCUAGCGGGGGCCUGACACUUGCUUAUCCACCCCAGGAGGGACACAUCUGGGGCUCCAUGAGGAAGACGGCCUUCAUCCUGGGCUCUGGCCUUCUCUUGCUUGUGGCCUUCUGGAAUUCAGUCACAUGGCACCUUCAGAGAUUUUGGGGCGCUUCUGGCUACUUCUGGCAAGCUCAGUGGGAGAGGCUGCUGUCUACAUUUGAAGGAAGGGAGUGGCUCCUCUUCGUGCUAGGUGCCACCCAGGUGCCCAGUUUGUGCUUCUGGGGCUUCAAUGGGCUGCUACUGGUGGUUGACACAACUGGAAAACCCAGCUUCAUCUCCCGCUACCGAAUUCAGGUUGGCAAGAAUGAACCGGUGGACCCUGUAAAACUACACCAGUCUAUCCGCACAGUGCUCUUCAACCAGUUCACAAUCUCUCUCCCCAUCGUGGUCAUCUUCUACUUCGUCCUCAAGUUGUGGGGAGACCCCUGCCGCCGAGAGCUGCCCACUUUCCACUGGUUCCUCCUGGAGCUAGCCAUCUUCACACUGAUUGAGGAGAUCAUGUUCUACUACUCGCACCGGCUCCUUCACCACCCAGCAUUCUAUAAGAAGAUCCAUAAGAAACACCACGAGUGGACAGCUCCCAUUGGCGUGAUCUCUCUCUACGCCCACCCCAUCGAGCACGUGGUCUCCAACAUGCUGCCGGUGAUAGUGGGUCCCAUGCUCAUGAGUUCCCACUUGUCCUCCAUCACCAUGUGGUUCUCCUUGGCCCUCAUCGUCACCACCAUCUCCCACUGCGGCUACCACCUGCCCUUCCUGCCUUCGCCUGAGUUCCACGACUACCACCAUCUCAAGUUCAACCAGUGCUACGGGGUGCUGGGGGUGCUGGACCACCUCCACGGGACUGACACUGUGUUUAAGCAGACCAAGGCCUAUGAGAGACACGUCCUCCUGUUAGGCUUCACCCCGCUCUCCGAGAGCAUCCCCGACCCCCCGAAGAAGAUGGAGUGAGAGAGGGCCUGAGUGCCAUCUUGGCUGUCCCCUCAGCAGUGGACUGCUAAGGUAGCCUAAGGCUUUCUGAUCGCACUUAAUGACCUGCUCCUUAAGCCACACACGCUAAUGACAGCACUGAGGGCGGGGGGGAGAUCGGCUUCCAGGAAAUUCGGGGUAAUAGUCAUGGGGACCAAGUCCCCAGUGCGCCCCCCCACACACACACAGUGAUAAAAGCUUCAUUUUAACUAUGACCCACUGCAAACAAACAUCACCCCUCUGAAAAAUACCAAUUACAGAGGCUAUUCCCUGGAUUACAACCGAAAUACCAAAGUAGUGCAGACUUCAGCCACACAUGGGGACCAAAGGCCAAGCGCUGUGGGCCGGCUCAGCUGGGAGCCCUUUUACAUAGAGGGGUCAGAGCUGCUGACCUUUGGCGACACUCAACUGAGGCCCCCAACUAGCCUCUCUGAAGCAGGACCAGAGGCUAGCACCCUCUUCUUCCUUUGAGAAGGCAAGGAAAACUUGGCUGAACGAAAGGCCAAAUCCUCAUUUCCCCCCAAAUGAACCCACUGUUUCACCAUUUAUUCGGCAUGAUUUUAGCAAUGAUGCCUUUUCAAACGAAACCUUACCAGGAACCUUAUCUAUAGGAAAACCAGAGCUGCGAGGAUUGAAGCAGUCCUACCCUGGCCUUCCCUCAGCAGCCACUGACACUGCUAGGAACCCUGUGGCUCCUGAGGACAAUUUGAAAGCCUCCCUUAUCAGUUACUAUAUAUUCUUGUAUAUACUUGGGCCUAUUCCUACACUUUGUUUUCCUAUGUCAUGUUCAAGAUCCACUGGAGUUUUAAUAUAAUACUUUAACAUCUGAUAUGGCCGAGUCUCCAGGCAGAACCAUCAAAAAGUAUCUCUUCCUAUCAGCCCUAGGACCCCAGAGGACCUGCCCAGUAGGCCGACUGGACGCUUACCAGGCAGCGUCCUCCCUGGCCUUCCAAAGUCCCACCUCUGGCGUUGGUGGACCAGGCCCCGCCCUAGGACGGCCUGUGCCCUUAGCUUGAAGUGCAAAUUCCAGUACAUCGAUGCUCUAAGUUAUGACAGCUGCUGGCUUGCACCCACAACCUGUCCCUACAAACACACUUGGAUAAUAGCCCAUCUGCAGUAGACUUAAGGGUAGGAAACGAGGAGCUUGGAGAAAGAGGAAGAAUGGAAACAUUUUUUCCCCCCUUUCAGGUCUUUAGAUUUUGAAGUUACUGCAGGAGACCUAGGGGUACAAGAGGUGAGAGACCUCUUCUAGCAGGCAGGGGGGUUGGGCCCUGGCAGAGGGCCCCCAUCCCAUCCUCUUCUGCAUCCAACAGAAUGGUCCUGAGGCUGGUAAACACAUGAGGCUCAAAAGGCCAAGGUCUCCAAUUCCCAGCAGAAAUGUGCAUGUGAAAUGAAGCAGCAUGGAAAAUAAAAUGGUCUCCUUUUAGCUCCA